AUGCAGAAGCCCAGUGGGCUGAAGCCCCCUGGCCGAGGGGGCAAGCACUCGAGUCCCGUGGGCAGGCCGUCCAUCGGGUCAGCUUCAUCCUCGGUGGUGGCAUCAGCCAGUGGCUCCAAGGAAGGGUCUCCCCUGCACAAGCAGGCCUCGGGCCCCUCCUCGGCUGGAGCCACCAGCGCGGUCUCUGAGAAGCCGAAGGCAGCUGAAGUGGGUGAUGACUUCCUGGGGGACUUUGUGGUGGGCGAAAGGGUGUGGGUGAACGGUGUGAAGCCGGGCGUGGUGCAGUACCUGGGGGAGACCCAGUUUGCGCCAGGCCAGUGGGCCGGCGUGGUCUUGGACGACCCGGUGGGCAAGAACGAUGGAGCCGUGGGGGGCGUGCGCUACUUCGAGUGCCCGGCUCUGCAGGGCAUCUUCACGCGGCCCUCCAAGCUGACCCGCCAGCCCACAGCUGAGGGCUCGGGCAGCGACGCCCACUCCGUGGAAUCCCUCACUGCCCAGAACCUGUCCUUGCAUUCGGGCACCGCCACGCCCCCGCUCACCAGCCGCGUCAUCCCCCUGCGGGAGAGUGUUCUUAACAGCUCCGUGAAGACAGGCAAUGAGUCUGGCUCCAACCUGUCGGACAGCGGUUCUGUGAAGCGUGGUGACAAGGACCUCCACCUGGGAGACCGUGUGCUGGUUGGUGGGACGAAGACCGGCGUGGUACGAUACGUCGGGGAGACGGACUUUGCCAAAGGCGAGUGGUGUGGCGUGGAGCUGGAUGAGCCCCUUGGCAAGAACGAUGGGGCUGUGGCCGGCACCAGGUAUUUCCAGUGCCCACCCAAGUUCGGUCUUUUUGCACCCAUCCACAAGGUCAUCCGAAUUGGCUUCCCGUCUACCAGUCCAGCCAAGGCCAAGAAGACCAAACGUAUGGCUAUGGGCGUCUCGGCCUUGACCCACAGCCCCAGCAGCUCUUCCAUCAGCUCCGUCAGCUCCGUGGCCUCCUCCGUGGGCGGCCGGCCCAGCCGUAGUGGCCUGCUCACGGAGACCUCUUCACGCUACGCCCGGAAGAUCUCAGGCACCACAGCCCUGCAGGAAGCCCUGAAGGAGAAGCAGCAGCAUAUCGAACAGCUGCUGGCGGAGCGUGACUUGGAGAGGGCAGAAGUGGCCAAGGCCACCAGCCACAUCUGCGAGGUGGAGAAGGAAAUUGCCCUGCUGAAGGCACAGCAUGAGCAGUAUGUUGCAGAAGCCGAGGAGAAGCUGCAGCGGGCGCGGUUGCUGGUGGAGAACGUGAGGAAGGAGAAGGUGGACCUGUCCAAUCAGCUGGAGGAGGAGAGGAGGAAGGUGGAAGACCUGCAAUUCCGGGUGGAAGAAGAAUCCAUCACCAAAGGAGACUUGGAGCUAACCACGGUGGCCGAGAAGUCUCGGGUACUGCAGCUAGAAGAAGAGCUGAGCCUGCGGCGCGGCGAGAUCGAAGAACUGCAGCACUGUCUCCUCCAGUCGGGCCCGCCACCCCAGGACCACCCGGAGGCCGCUGAGACCCUGCGGCUGCGAGAGCGGCUGCUGUCGGCCAGCAAGGAGCACCAGCGAGACAGCACCCUGCUGCAGGACAAGUAUGAGAAGAUGCUGAAGACCUACCAGGCCGAGGUGGACAAGCUCCGGGCGGCCAAUGAGAAGUACGCGCAGGAGGUGGCGGACCUCAAGGCCAAGGUCCAGCAGGCCACCAGCGAGAACAUGGGACUCAUGGACAACUGGAAAUCCAAGCUGGACUCGCUGGCCUCCGAUCACCAGAAGUCCCUGGAGGACCUGAAAGCCACGCUGAACUCCGGCCCAGGCGCCCAGCAGAAGGAGAUUGGAGAGCUAAAGGCCCUGGUGGAGGGCAUCAAGAUGGAGCACCAGCUGGAGUUGGGCAACCUGCAGGCCAAGCACGACUUGGAGACAGCCAUGCACGGGAAGGAGAAGGAGGGCCUGCAGCAGAAGCUGCAGGAGGCCCAGGAGGAGCUGGCGGGGCUGCAGCAACACUGGAGGGCGCAGCUGGAGGAGCAGGCCGGCCAGCACCGGCUGGAGCUACAGGAAGCACAGGACCAGUGUCGCGACGCCCAGCUGCGCGUGCAGGAGCUGGAGGGACUGGAUGCGGAGUACCGUGGCCAGGCGCAGGCCAUAGAGUUCCUCAAAGAGCAGAUCUCACUGGCCGAGAAGAAGAUGUUGGAUUAUGAGGUGCUGCAGAGGGCGGAAGCCCAGAGCAGGCAGGAGGCAGAGCGGCUGCGGGAAAAGCUUCUGGUUGCCGAGAAUAGACUCCAGGCCGCCGAGUCCCUGUGCUCAGCCCAGCACAGCCAUGUGAUCGAGCCCAAUGACCUUUCUGAGGAGAAGAUUCGGAUGAAGGAGACUGUGGAGGGCCUGCAGGACAAACUGAACAAGAGGGACAAAGAGGUGACAGCCUUGACAUCCCAGAUGGACAUGCUCAGGGCCCAAGUAAGUGCCCUGGAGAACAAGUGUAAAUCAGGAGAGAAGAAGAUGGAUUCAGUCCUGAAGGAAAAGAGGCGUCUGGAGGCUGAGCUGGAGGCCGUGUCUCGGAAGACCCAUGAUGCCUCGGGCCAGCUGGUCCACAUCAGCCAGGAGUUGCUACGGAAGGAGCGGAGUCUGAAUGAGCUGAGGGUGUUGCUGCUGGAAGCCAACCGCCACUCGCCAGGGCCCGAGAGAGACCUGAGCCGUGAGGUGCACAAGGCGGAAUGGCGGAUAAAGGAACAGAAACUGAAAGACGACAUCCGGGGCCUGCGUGAAAAGCUGACGGGGCUGGACAAGGAGAAGUCCCUGUCAGAGCAGAGGCGGUACUCCCUCAUUGACCCGGCCUCGGCGCCCGAGCUGCUGCGGUUGCAGCACCAGCUGGUGAGCACGGAGGAUGCCCUGCGGGACGCGCUGGACCAGGCCCAGCAGGUGGAGAGGCUGGUGGAGGCUCUUAGGGGCUGCUCAGACAGGACUCCGACCAUCGGCAAUUCCGGUUCUGCCAAUGGCAUCCACCAGCCAGACAAGGCCCACAAACAGGAGGUGAGCGCGCCAGCAGGCCUCUGAGAAAACCCUCCGAAGUCACUAAGACAAACACUGACCCCAAGGAACACCAUGGAUGGACCGGCCCCAUUCACACCAGAGCCCUGCCAGGCUUCCCAGCAGCUCCACCUCCAG